UGGCAAUAUUACUGAGGUUGCCUGAGCCUGAUGUUCUUUGUGAGACUCCUGGACCAGGGGUGGACAGCAAUCCUGCUGAUAACCACAACAUGGAUGGAUGUAGAGUCAGGGGAAAUCUUAUCAACACUAGGUUUUAAAUGAGGUCCAGGCUCUGUCUUUGGAUGUCACGGAUGUCCCGCUCCACAGACAGAAUUUCCUCAAGGAGUGACAUCUUUCUCUCCUCCUGGGCUUGGAUCUCACUUGUGAUAAACAACAUGGAACUGAUUGGACUUUUCCUGUUAUUCGUGGUACUUUCAUCACAGGAGGAUGCUGUUUGUGGAAGUGACGUUUCCAGACUUUCAAGACGCGAGUUGAUAAGUUUCCUUCUCAACAAAACAGAAGCUGAUGACAAAAAGGCAUAUGACCCCCGCGUCCCCCCAGAAUAUGAGAAAGAUGUCCCCACAAAUGUGACAAUAAAGCUGUUUCUUUUGAGCUUUGAUUCUGUUAGCGAAACCACGAUGGAUUAUUCAGUGGAAAUUUACCUGACAAUGUCAUGGAUAGACGAGAGACUUAUCUUCCUGAACUACUCUAACUCCAAAUGGCUUGAGAUCGACACUAAACUAAUGGCGGACGUCUGGGUGCCAGAUGUCUACUUUCGGAACGAAAAAGAUGCUUCUUUCCAUGAGGUGACGGUGCCUAACAAGUACAUGCAUCUCUAUCCCGAUGGCCGUGUGAGAUACAGUAUGAGACUAUCAUUGACCCUCAGCUGUCGGAUGAAGCUUGUUAAUUUUCCACUCGAUUCGCAAAAUUGCCCAAUGCUGAUACAAAGUUAUACAUAUACGACGGAAAAUGUGCUGUUCAGCUGGGAUGAAAAAGACCCCAUAACGUUCGAUGAAGAAAUGAAAAUGGAUCAAGAACUUCCCCAAUUCAUCAUCGAAAACAGCACAACUGAAAUAUGUGAAGUGAAAGCCGAUCAAUCGUCUUUUGCGUGUAUCAAAGCAUUUUUCACGCUGAAGAGAGACAUACGUUACUACAUCAUCCAGGUGUACGUUCCAAGUAUCCUCAUCGUUGUCCUCUCUUGGGUAUCCUUUUGGCUUGAUCUCGAGUCCAUACCUGCUCGCGUCUCACUCGGCGUCCUAACGGUACUCACCCUUAACACACAUGGUUCAAAUGUUCAAGCCAGUCUCCCCAAGGUGUCAUACAUCAAGGCCAUUGAUGUAUGGACUGUCACCUGUCUUGUGUUUGUAUUUUCAGCCUUAUUGGAGUUUGCAUAUGUGAAUGUUUUAACCAGAAGGGGAGAAAAGGAAUUGCUCUCUAGGCGGAAAAAUAAUUGUUUCUGUGAACAGAAAAUAACGCCAACCAAUAAAUGCCCUUCAACCAAUUCUAAAGUAAAGGCAAGACGUGUGGAUAAGAUUUCAAGACUUGGAUUCCCCCUAAGUUUCAUUAUCUUCAACAUUGGAUACUGGUUCAUUUACGUCUAUUCUGAGCAGGAUUAGGGUGUUCGAUUGUUGCAAUAUGUACCAUAGUGCUUGUAUAUUGUAAGUCGGAUACUGCUUAUGGAUUCCUAUGGUUAAAUUGAUGUAUCAUGAUUUGUCUUUGUGGUAUUGAAACAAAACCAUUGGCAGUCAGUUUAAACACCAGUCUGAUUUUGAAACAAAGCAGAAACCCAAUGUCAAUUAAAGAAUCUAUUAUGGUUUUAUCUGAUUUCUGGCCAAAUUUUCGGGUGUGGUUGUUUUGUGCCAUGAAACAAAAGCCACAAUAACCCCAUACAUGGAAUAACAAAGCUAUUCGUAUAGACUAAGUCUAGACAUGUUAACCAUUUUGAACUGUUUUCAUCCUUUUCCUCAUCUGAAGUGAUAAAUCGAUGAAUGUGACAUACAUACAUAUAGGAACGUGAACAUAACUUUGUCACAGUUUCACAGUUUUGUAAUAUGCCUUUCUCUCUGACAGUUGUGUAUUUGUCAGCUAAAAAGGAGGAUUCAUACAUAUGCUUAGUAUUGUGUCACGGCGUUCAUGUUGCAUGUAUGUCAGUAUAACCUUCUUUAAAUAUUUAUACUUGAUUAAUUAAUUAGUGUUGUCUACGACGCUUUUAUUUACUUCAUCGUUUGGGGAGUAAUCUGAUUUGCCAUAUUUUUCGAUUAUUCAUGCUAUGACUUUCACCGAAUUCUUUAGGACAAAAGUCAUUUUAAAGUCAUAAAACAUCACCAGUUUGCUUGUUAUCCUGCAUACAUCUGUUGUAACUGUCACAAUUACUUGUCUUUGUGCACAGAUUUACGCCACAAUUAACAACAUUUCACUUGUCAGCUCAUUUUUUGUGUGUCAGCUUAAUGUACACUCUCCGAAAAAGUAGUGGGUAUCAAAAAGAGGUGUCGAGUGGUGGUACUGAAUGGAUAAGCAAAAGGAAGGACUAGGUGUAACAUCAACAGAACAUGUUGGCGGUGUCUUAUAAUACGAAAUAAUAUUUUUUUCAGUUAUAAUAAAAUAUGAUUUUAAGA